AUGUCAGCCUAAUGAACGGUGCAGCAUCAAAGAGAGGCAGGGGAGGCUGCUGGCUGGGGCCUUGCGGGACCAGGGGGUUGGCGCGGCCUGGGCCGGGAUCCCGUGCACCGAGCUGGGGAGCUGCUGCAGCCAAGCCCCUGACCUCGGCCCCAAGCCAUCGGCUGCUCCCUGGAUCCGCACAGGCCGAGCUGCAGAGCGGCGGGGGAGCUGGUCCAUGAGGCUGCAGGCAUCCCCGGCGGGGCAGCCCCCAGGAAGAGGAGACGAGCCGCGCGCCUCACCUUAGCUUCCCCACUGCGUUGCGGGGAGGGGGCCUCGGGUUGUUUUUGCAAGCCCCGGUUGCACUUGCCUCUGGGGAGGGUGGGAGCGGGACAAGAAGGGAGGAGGCCUCGGUCUCUGCAUUGCAACAGGGGCAGGCUUCGCAACGGGGGCUGCUAUUUAUUCAAUUUGCUUGACUGUUUACGAGCUUCGCAGCAGGGCAGAGCGUUGGGGAGGGAGCCAUGGUAAGAUGAGUCCAGAGUCCUGACCCUGCCACCUGAGGAAGGCAGCAGGGAGGGGAGCAGGUGCGGGAGUGACCCCCAGUCUUUCCCCCCCUGCACAGAGAUCUCUUGCUUUCAGUGCAUCUGGCCAUAGGUUGGGGGAUGCAACUUUGUGCAGAAUGACCCAUCCGCUUCAUUGGUGGCUAUCUCCCCCCUGUGCUCCCCAAACCUACAGCAGGUGACCCUGUUGGAGAUGAUUAUAUGACUGGUGACCUGCCUUUUUCCCCUCCAAGGACACAGAUUUCCUCCUUCCAUUCUGACCCUCGGAUCCUGUCCGUUUCAGAGAGAGACUGGAAUCUCCUUCCAAUUUUUUAUAGAUCACGACUGGGGGGAGAGGUGUCUGAACUGAGCUGCCUGAUUCAUUCCCCCUUGGAGACAUGUGGGGAAGAGAAACUUGGGAUUCAGAGUAAAAACACUUCGCUUUCCAAAUGCACCAGGAACUUACUUUAACCCAUGCUUGAGGAACUGCCUGGAUUUCAGCCGAACUCAUCCUCUGCAUCGAGCUGCCCCUGGAAUAAAUAGGUGAUCCCCCAUCCCUUACAUUGUAACCAAGUGUGGGACAGGUGUUUGUGUGUGGGGGAGAAUACCCCCCUGCAGUGAUUCAUGCCAAAGCAGGUGUCUCGUUGGGUCUGAAACUUUGAAUGUACCUGUAGACCUAAAGUAAGGCUCCAGGCCUGGAAUCCUCUUGGGAAUUGGAAACUUGACGAUCACCUGCACCCUGCCCCGGAGUGCAAAGGGGAGCUGUGUUGGAUACGUGCUGCCCUCUUGCCAUGGGGUGCAUGCUGAGGAUGCGAGUAGCUUUUAUUCCUGCCAUGUUGGACACCUCUCCAGAGUGCUAACGGGCACUGCUUUACCCAGCAUCCUCUUGGCUUAGCCAGAGUGGCCCUGUCUAUUGGAGGAGAGGAGCCAAGUAGCUCUGAUAGCUGCCUCCACCUGCGAACAUGGAGACCAAGCUGCCCCCCGCUGGCACCCCCACCAGCCCCUCAUCCCCAGGGAUGUCGCCUGUCCCCCCGCCUGAUAAAGUGGACGGUUUCUCCCGGCGCUCCCUGCGCCGCUCCCGUCAGCGCCGCUCUCACAGCUCAUCACAAUUCCGGUAUCAGAGCAACCAACAGGAGCUGACACCCCUGCCCUUGCUGAAAGAUGUGGCGGUGGCGGAGCUGCACGAGCUGCUGUGCAAGAAGCUCCAGCAGUGCUGCGUGCUCUUCGACUUCCUGGACUGCGUGGCCGACCUCAAGGGCAAGGAGAUCAAGCGGGCUGCGCUCAACGAGUUGGUGGAGUGUGUGGCCACCAACCGUGGCGUCCUCAUCGAGCCCGUUUACCCCGAGAUCAUCAAGAUGAUCUCAGUCAACAUCUUCCGGACACUCCCACCCACUGAGAACCCCGAGUUUGACCCUGAAGAGGACGAGCCCAACCUGGAGCCCUCCUGGCCCCAUCUCCAGCUGGUCUAUGAGUUCUUCCUCCGCUUCCUGGAAAGCCCUGACUUCCAGCCCUCUGUGGCCAAGCGCUACGUCGACCAGAAAUUUGUGCUGCUGCUGCUGGAGCUGUUUGACAGUGAGGACCCACGGGAGCGUGAGUACCUCAAGACCAUCCUGCACCGGGUCUAUGGCAAGUUCCUGGGAUUGCGUGCCUACAUCCGCAAACAGUGCAACAACAUCUUCCUGCGGUUUAUCUACGAGACGGAGCAUUUCAAUGGUGUGGCCGAGCUACUGGAAAUCCUGGGCAGCAUCAUCAAUGGCUUCGCCCUGCCCUUGAAGACGGAGCACAAGCACUUCCUGGUGCGGGUCCUGAUCCCACUGCACUCGGUCAAAUCCCUCUCCAUCUUUCAUGCCCAGCUGGCGUACUGCGUGGUGCAAUUCCUGGAGAAAGAUGCCACCCUGACAGAGCAUGUGAUCCGGGGACUGCUGAAAUACUGGCCGAAGACCUGCACUCAGAAAGAGGUGAUGUUCCUGGGGGAGAUUGAGGAGAUCCUGGAUGUGAUUGAGCCCUCGCAGUUUGUCAAGGUGCAAGAACCGCUCUUCAAACAAAUCGCACGCUGCAUCUCCAGCCCCCACUUCCAGGUGGCAGAGCGGGCUCUGUACUUCUGGAACAACGAAUAUAUCCUGAGUCUGAUUGAGGACAAUUGCCACACGGUGCUGCCUGCCAUCUUUGGCACCCUCUACCGUGUCUCCAAGGAGCACUGGAACCAGACAAUCGUCUCCCUGGUUUACAAUGUGCUCAAGACCUUCAUGGAGAUGAAUGGGAAACUCUUUGAUGAGCUCACGGCCUCCUACAAGGUGGAGAAGCAGCAGGAGCUGAAGAAGGAGAAAGAGCGUCAGGAGCUCUGGAAGCAGCUGGAUGAGCUGCAGCUGAAGAAGCUGCAGGGUCUGGAGGAGGCGCAAAUGAACCGGAUCAAUCUCCAGCACAUCCUGGGCUUGCAGAGUGGCAACAAGAGUUAGAGAGGUGCCCAGCAGGCCACCAGCCCCUCCCCUGCCCAGCCUGUGCCAAACCAGAGCUGGCCCCUCCAUGCUGCAGGAACCCACGGCCCCCCAGUCAUUUCCAUCCCCAUCCUACCAGGGACACGGAUCCAAAACAGGACUGGAGGGGGGCACCCCUGCUUCAGCAAUUGCACCCCACUUGGGCUGGCACUUCUCCCCAUCACAUCUCCAUGAUGUACACUUAACACAUCACCCCACGUGACCUCUGUGGGUCCUAGCUGGCACAGGGGCAUGUUGUUGGGGGUAGCCCCAGUGCCCCCCAUUCCUUGGGGGGUGCAGGGUCCAGCCUCAGCCUCUUGUCAAAGGGGCAGGGCCAGACUACGUCUUGGGGUAGGAACAGGGUAGGGAUGCAGUAGGCUGCAGGGGCACAGGAUCUCUGGUGAAGGGGUCCCCGUGGCUGCUAGGGACAGGGUGAGUUGCUUGGCAAUCAGCCUGUCUCCAUUGUUCUGGUCCAGAGAGCCAUCCCUAUUUGGCAUAUGGGAUAUAACAAGGGGUUAGAUGGGGGACCCAGCUUAGCUAUUCCCAGUGCAAGCUGAACCCCCAACCCCCCACCACACUGCAGUGGCUUAUGGCUGGCUCUGCUGUAGGUGCUGGAUAGGGGGGCCCUGUGUUUCUUAAAGCAAUAGACCCUCCUGUUCCAACCUAGGGCUCCUAAUGUAAGAGGGGAGGGAGUAGAGCUCCUUUUGAGAGGCUGGGAGUUCAGUUCCUGCCCCCCUCCCCCUCUGUGGGAUGGGUGUUAUGCUAGUAUGAAUGGGCAGGGUCUACUGAUGAGCCUGGAGGUGGUGGGACUGAGCUGCUGUGAUGGGAAGGACUCUGAAAAAGAGAUCAGCUGAGAUUUGCAUUAAUCCUCCUCCAUUUGUCCCCUUGGCUCAUUACUGCCCCUGGGGCAGAUCCAUCCCUCAGCCCUGGAGCUUGCUCUCCAAAACUUGGCAAUUAGCUUAGUGGGGCACUCUCUGAGCUCCCCAUAUUCAUCAAUGCACUGCCCAACAGAAACAGCUUGGGGGAGAUCUCCCCCCUCCAAUACAGCAGGCACCCCACAAUCCUGAUCCCAUACAUCAGUGCACCCCACAAUCCUUUCCCUAUUUCCACCCCAUCUCAGUCUCCUGCACAAACAGCAUGGGGGAGAUCCCCCCUCCUAUAUAUCUGUGCACAAUCCUGACUGCCCUGCAGAAACAUAUUUUGGGGAGAUUCCCCUGUCAUACCCCCCCCACACACACACCCCCAGUGGAAUCCAGGCUUCUAUGGGAUCCUGUUUUUCUCUCCCCAGCCCUCUAUUGCUGCUCCAACAGGCAAAUGCAUCUCCCCUAACACAAAUGCCUCAAUAGCAGAGAUGUUGGAGGGGUCUGUGUAGUGUCCUCAGGUACAGAACCAGCAGCCAUGGAUGUGACAGCUCAAAGGACAGAAGGGACUGUUAGUGGGGAGGCAGGAGUGGAGGGCCUGUUGUCAGCCACUAUUUCUGAUUUUUUUUGUACAUUGCUAAGGAACAGAGAGGGAAGCAGCUGGGGAACUGGAUCUGGGGUCCAUGGGUAUGUGAGGGUGGGGGUACCCCUCCCUGGAGAUGGGGGGUGGUGCAGAACAGCAAGGAAGAGAGCAGCUUUAUAGCCCUGCAAGGCUAAUAUAAAUCUCCCCUGCCUCUUCCUCCCAAUCCUCUUGGAUCAGCUCUUGGGGGACAUUCCUUCUUGUCAUGACCCCUCCCCGCAGCAGCUGUCAGCUACUACCGUCACUUUAAAAGUUUGCUUCCUUCUUCCUUUUCAAUUUCUGUUGGAAACAUGGGUCAGUCUAUUGAAAACAUCCCCUCCCUCCCAUGGUGCACUCUAUCCUGCAGCAUUCCCCGGAUGGUAGAGUCAGUAUACCCCCUCCCUGUUUAGAUGGUAUGGUCCAUUUUGCUGCAUCUCCUUAGGGAGUGAUCAAGUUGAACCAACCCCUUUUCCAGCUUGGAGCCUUAAUAGACUGUACCAUCUGGGGAAAUAAAGGGAUGAGCUGCAGAUUACUAUUUGAUGUGGUCUUUGAGUGGCUUGUACCAUCUGGAAUCAAUUGUUGCAUAUGUGGGGCUAAAGAGGGAGGGGUCUGCAUAGGCCCUGCCAUGGAAGUGGGAGAAGGGUGUUGAAUAGGCUAUGCCAUCUCAGGAGAUAGGGGAGAAGGAUUUAGGACUGUUCCAUUCUGGGAGCAGGGCGAACUGUAUAGAUGAUCAUUGCUGGGUUGGGGAAGUUAAACUUGACUGUUCCAACUCUAGCAAUUGGCGGGGGGGGGGAAAUAGACUGUGUGGUCACAGGGGAAGGGAGGUUGGACUCGGCAUUCCAGCUCUGGGAAAGGGAUAAGUGCAUAGUUUCUAUUUAUAUAAAGGGGUGAGCUGGAUGGAACCUGCCAUGGGGGGGGGGGUAGCAGUUGACUGUUCUGUCUCAUAGUGAAUGGACUAUACCAUUUGGCUGGAUAUCUCAUGGGUGAGAAGGAAGGGCCUGAAUAGACUAUGCCAUUUGAAGGGGGUGUUGAAUAGAUCCACCAUUUUGGGGCAUGGGGGUUGAAAAAUUCCCCAUUUCUAGUCCUGCUGAGCCCAUGCUCUUGCAUCUCCAAUGUCUUAAUUUUCUUCCCAUUUUCGAGUGCCGGCACUGGCCAAAAGGCAUCCUGGGUAUCACGUCGUGCCCUCAAUACUAGGCAUGACUUAAAAUAUUUUACAGUUCUGAGGGUUUUGUUAUUUUUUUAAUUACUAUUUUAUUGGUGGGAGUAGUGGGAUUAUAUUUUUAUUUUAAACCUUAAUUUAUUUGUAGCAACUCACACCACAUGGUGACUGUAGUAACCCGGUGCACAAUUGUUGUCUCUUAGAUACAGCAGCGACGUAGUUACCAUGAGAGGAAUUGGGGUUGGGGAUGGACACCAGGGGUUAUUUUUGAGGGAGGAGGAAUUCAGGGGGAGGGGUGGAGUAAAAAACAAAAGUUAAAUGACUAUAUUUAAGAUAAUUUGGUUUAAAGCUACCUUCUCUCUUCCCUCCCCCUCCCCCCCCUUAUUUUUGUUUGCUGGAUAAGUCUGUAUUCAAUAAAGAGAUACUUUCAUGUCA